UUGGCUCCAAUAUGAAAAUUCCAAUUCUAAUCCUUUCUCAGUUACAGCGCUUGAAUUUAAUUGAGCCAAAUCCAAAACGACAACGUGUAGACAUCCUUGCUUAACUUAAAAACCACCCGCAAAAAAUGAAAAUCCGACCGACCAAGUAAGAUUCUACUACGGCGGACAGAGUAAAGUGAAAGUAUCAAUCAAAGACAAAAUCUCAAAAGCCAUCUGAAUUCUAAACCCCUGGGUCGCCUGACACCGUUCCACUCAGCUGUCUCUUUCCCCUUUCUCUGUCACAACAUUCUCUCUUUUCCAUCUUUCUUUCCUUCCCUUUUCCCCUCUUUUUAUAUGUAUUUUGGUCCGAAAAAUGCCAAUCAACAAAGACCCCGCUACUCCCCUGCCCAUGAUCGGCAAGAUCGGCCCCUACACUGUCUUUGUCACCCCUCCUUCUACCCCUAAGCCCACCGAACCACCUGUCCUUGAAUCUCCCAAGAAGGUGGUGAGGCCUCCUGCUCCUGCUCCUCCUCCUCCUGUACAGCCACCGCCCCAACAGUUUGAUAAGUCUUUUGUUGCUUCCCAUUCUGAUAGCUCCGUUCUGGGUUUCUUCAAAAAUGCUGCCUUCAAAGUCCAAAAUGCUCAUUCAAGCUUGGAUAACCAUUUAGCUCGCUGGUUUGGCUUAAAUCAGUCCAAGUAUCAAUGGGCAUUGGACGAUUAUUAUGAAAGCAAGGGAUUGGAAAAGGCAGGUGUAAAAGUGAAAGAAAUAUCAAGCAAAAUACAGAGUGUGUAGCAUACUUCUGGUCUGUGGAUUUUGCUGUUCUGCCAAACUUGCACCAAGUGAGGAUGCUUGUUGUGUCUCCUUUGUGAAUUAUAUCUAUAUACUUAGCAUUUCGAAUGGCCAAAAGACAUUUGGAUUCUUGAAGUGAUCUUUGUUGACAUCUGGAUAUCAGAUCCGAUUGUAUGUUCUUCUCUACCUUCUACUGCAGCAGCUAACUGACCUUGUUUGUGUGCUAGGCUGGGAGUUGCGUAAUCUCCUUACAAUGUCCAUCUCUAGCAUUGAGAUUUCUAUAAACUGCCAAGGACAUACCCUUUAUGUAUUGUACUUUUAUUUUAUUAAAAGCAUUAUUUUGCAGUAUCAGUUUCACAUUCAUGCAUUUCUAUCACUCUCUCAUGCAUGUAUAUGCAUGCGGGCAAAUGAUACGUUUAUCUUAUUGAUUCAAUUUGUUGGCCAAACUGCCAACUAUUGGGUGGUUUAAGAUUAAAAUAUGUAUACUUCAAUAGGGGUGGCAAUGGCUCUUGUUCAGUUUCUUGGUUUGCUAGGUUUAAGAUGAAGUUUCACUCUUCUGAAAAUGCAGUAAUCAUUAUCUUGCUGAGGUUACUCUUGAGCAUGCGAAAAUGUUCUGAGAGGAUAAAAGCUAAGUUAAACGUGACUCUAAACUUCAA